AUGCCUCCGAAGACUGCUCUUGUGAGGUUGGCAACGCGAAGCAGCCCGUAUGUUUGCCACUCCUGCCUCAGCGGCCUCGCCAAAGAGCGACCCAAGCCAAGCGCUGUCCGGUCCUAUGCCAGGGGUGCAAAGGGUCAGGCUCGCCAGUCCCGUCACGCCAAACUGCCAACGCAAAACUCGACUCCAGAGAAGCCCCAAAAGCCAUAUACUGUCAAAUACUUCGAAAAAGAUGACAAGGGCGAGGUCCGAGAAGUGCCUGUGGGCGAGGAUGCCGACGAUGUCGACAUGGAUGAUAUAAGGGCCCUCGCGGCCAGUGUAAAUGCGAAAAUAAGGAACCUCGAUGCGACACUGGAAGCAAUGGAAAAAAAGUCCGAGUUUCUUGAAACGAUCCUGUUGAAACACGGUCCUAAAGGCGCCCUCGAAGCAUACAGGGACGCGUUAGAAACCUACGAGGAGGAGGAGCCCGAGACCAAGGGCAUCCCUCUCCUUUCUGAGAAAAAGAAUCUCAGAGGUGGCCACGAGCUACAAAAAACGAAUCAACGCCUGAAGAACCUGAAUAGGCUCAUCAAGCUUUGUACAACCAGUCUCGAAAACAAUCAGUUGAAUCAUAGCAAGAUCUCGAAAGCAUGGCAAUAUUUUGCGCAGGUCCGAUCUGUCCUGGCCGAUCCACAACGGCUAGUGCCAGAAAAAGCUUGGGCUGACAUGUGGACUAUCUUCUCUUGGGAGAGCGACCAGAAUCCUCAACGUGCGGCCCAUAUCCUUGGUUUGUGUCAGACAAUGGUAUCGCACGGGGUCACCUUAAGCGAUGAGCAGCAAUUGUUGCAGAUCGACGCUGCAUGGGGUGAGGGCUUCGAGAGCGUAGCGGCUGAGAAUUGGAAGAGACUCCGCCCUACCUUUGGCGGUAGCCAUCCUUCUGCGAUGGCUUUCUGGGAUCUUGGGGUGCGUCUAUGGUCACGCCUGGGGGAUAUAGAGCGUGCGGAAAGGGCAUGCCAAGUUGUGCUGGAACGGGCGAGUGCUUCUACCCCUGCGGACUCUCGCGUGCUCCUACACCUCAUCGAAGCAUAUCUCAGCACGUCAAAUCUCGCCGAUGCAGAGAAGGGCUUCAGGCUGUACAGGCGCAUGAGGGAUCUUGCAACGAAGCUCGAAAAGCCGAUGGAGAUUGACGAUUAUGACGUCGUCAUUUCGAUCUUCCUUGCAGCAGGCCACACCGAUUAUGCGAUGUACGCGUUCACGGACAUGAUAUCUGCGGGCGCAGUCAACCUGUACGGCAACAAGAAGUUGCCGAGCUCCGUGAACAACACGUUUUUCUUUGGCAAGUGGCUGAAGAGGCUCAUUGGCGCCGGGGAUCUUGAUGGGGCCUACAAGGUCCUUGUCUACAUGCAGGGGAACGGUGUCAUGGCCGCAGCUGUGCAGGUGAAUGGCCUCGUCGGUGCGUGGUUCCGAUCCGGAACGGCAAAGAAUCGCGCGAAGGCUGAGCACCUCGCAUGGUCUAUGAUACACGCCCGAAAGGCCUUUGUCCAGCUGCGCCAGCGAGAAAGCAGCAUGAAUUGGCCCAUCAGACUCUACGACGGCCGCCCCAAAGACUCCCGGCACAGCGACGAUGACCUGGAUUACACGAUGGUGCCACGCGCAACUACAGAGACUUUCAUCCUCCUGGCCGAGAAGUAUCGCGAGCAAGGCCUCUUCGUCCAGCUCGAGGAACUGUUCGUGGCAUACAAGGAGUGCGAGAUCGGUAGAGACGCCAUGAUGAUGAACGAGUUGAUCAUGGCGGCAGUAGAACAAGGCAACGCGGAAAAGGCACGAGAACUCUACGAAUUGAUGGUGCACGAGAAUGAGAUCCUGCCCAACACAGACACGUAUGCCAUUCUCUUCAAGUCGCUUCGCAUCAACUCCCUCCGCGGGAGACAGCUGCACCAACUCGCCCCCGAGAUCUCCGCCGAGUCGCAGGUCCAGGCCCGCGCCUUCUUCAGGGACAUGAUCAGCACGACCGGGCUGCACCUUGAGAGGCGACGGACGCGCCAUGGCGAGCUGUCCGAGGACCAGGUGAAGCUGAUCCUGCACAGCUUCCGCAAGUGCGCCGACUGGGCCGGCGUGAUGGUCGCCCUUGUGUGCCUGCGGGACCUGAUGAGGUUUAACAUCACGCGCAAGGUGCUGCUGGAGAUGAUCGCCGAGUACGAGCAGAUCGACCGGCCGUCGGCGCGGACGGCCAGAGUCGUCAUGCUCACCACGAUGAAGCUGCAGACCCUGAUCGAGAAGUACCAGCAGAGGCGGCUGCUGGAACGGAGCCAGGGCGAGCCCUCGGGCUCGGGGUCAGGCUCGGAUCUCGCGGCCGAGGCGGCCCAGGACCCGAACGAGGUCAAGGAUCCACAUAUGUUGUAUGACAUACUGCUAGAGUACUACUUCGAGAAGGCAGAGGCGGACUAUCGUGGUAGGGAAAAUGUGAACCUUGCGUUCAAGGCAGCACAAGAAGAGAUGGGCGCUGCUGAUAUUGCUCCGUACGAACAUGAUGCUGUCGAGGACGAGGUGGAUUCCUCUUAG